CUCUCUGUCUCCGACUUUUGUUCUUCCUCUCCAAAUUCAUCGUUUUAGGUUGAAGUAAAUUACUGAUGCAAAUUCUGAGGUUUUGGGGUUUAACAUGAGAGCAAUUGAACAUUCUGUUGAAGAGGAACCAGUGUUUAAGAAAGCUAGAGUGAUUGAUAAGGUAGAGAAUUGUUACGAGGUUCCAAUGUUGUCGCUAAACGAAACAGCGGUUGAUGGUAACGAAGAAGUUCCUUUGUUAGAUGUGGAAGUGAAGAAAGAUACAUGUGUUGCAUCAGGCAAGUAUGGCGAAGUGAAUGUUGAAGUUGAAUCGAAUGAGAGUAAGAUAGAGGAAGUUUCCGUAUUGAGUUUGGCAGAUCGAAAAGAUGUUGUUUCGGGUGAUGAAAACAUAGAAAAGCUUCCAGUUUUAGUAGAGCUGGAAAAGAAUAAUGAAGCUUCUGUGGUAGAGAACAAAGAUUCUUGUGUUGCUUUGAGUGAAAUCAAAGGCGAGAGCGGGUCAAAUUCAUCGGUAUUAAGGAAAAAACUUCUUGUUCUUGAUCUUAAUGGGUUGCUUGCUGAUAUAGUUACUCCUCUAAAAGAUGUUCCAGGGGACAUUAAUAUUGGAAGAAGAGCAAUUUUUAAGAGACCUUAUUGUGAUGAGUUUCUGAAGUUCUGCUUUGACAAGUUUGAAGUUGGUAUCUGGUCAUCUAGAAAGCAGAAUAAUGUUGUAAGAAUCACUGAAUUCUUGCUUGGUGAUUUGAAGAAUAAACUGUUGUUUUGCUGGGACAUGUCUUAUUGUGCUACAACGACUGUUGGUUCCCUUGAAAAUAGGUAUAAAUAUGUGGUGUUCAAGGAUCUAAACCGGCUUUGGGAGAAACACGACCCAAGACUUCCGUGGAAAAUGGGUGAUUACAACGAAACCAACACCGUUUUGCUGGAUGAUUCUCCUUACAAGGCUUUGCUUAACCCGCCAUAUACAGCAAUAUUCCCUCAUUCAUACAAUCAUCAGAACAAGACAGACACAUCCUUAGGUAAUGGUGGUGAUCUAAGACUUCAUCUUGAGAAGUUGGUAGAAGCUGAAAACGUUCAAGAUUUCAUCAAGAAAAACCCUUUCGGGCAAGAAGCUAUUACGGAAGUAAGUGAAUCGUGGGAGUUUUACAGAGAGAUCAUUCGUAUGCUACGCAUAUCCUCUCAAACAUACAGAUUAAGAAACUUCAUACGGUAGAAAACAGAGGAUUGUUGCAAGAUUUUUUGUAGAGUUUGGUGAAAAGGAAGAUAGAAAGAUUAACUGCAACAACGUGAUGUUCUGAUGUUGUUGUUACAGAUUUGUUGGUGUUUAAUUUUUCUUGUGUGAUGUUUGCCUACUUAGAUCUUGUUAUGGUAUUCUUUUCUGGUUUGUAAUUUUAAAGAUUUCAUAUAUCAUCCAGGAUUUUGGUGUUAUCAUUUUCUAUUCAAACGUUAGAUUUUUUUCGAUUGUAACUUCAGACCUCUAAAAAAAUUUAUAUUUAGAA